AUUAAAUGCACAUCACAUCAACUGCCGCCGACGCACCCAACCAGCCACUUCUCAACCCCCUUCAUCAUCACACACCUACCCCCACCUCUCGUCACACAAGAUGGCUACGCCAGCUGAGGAAGCCAAGGCCAAGGGCAAUGAGUGCUUCAAGAAGAAGCAGUUCCAUGAAGCGAUUGAGCACUACACGGCAGCCAUUGAACUCGACCCCUCGGUGCCCGCAUACUACACAAACAGGGCGUUUGCGUACAUCAAGACGGAAGGGUUUGGCGCCGCGCUCGAGGAUGCCGAUUCCGCCCUGCGUCGCAACCCAAAGUUUGUCAAGGCGUACUAUCGCCGCGCAACGGCGAACAUGGGCCUGGGCAAGUGGAAGGCCAGCAAGCGCGACUUUGAGGCCGUUCUGAAGGUUCGCCCCAAUGACAAGGACGCGCAAAAGAAGUUUAAGGAAGUGGACAAGAUUGUGCGACGACUUGCCUUCGAGAAGGCCAUCACUGUUGGAGAGGCCGGUGUGAAGCGCGACGUCGUGCAGAUUAUGACCGAAGCCAUGGAGAAGAUGGAGGUGAAGGAUUCGUACGACGGCCCGCGCCUGGACGGCGACAUCACACCAGAGUUUAUGGAGGAGCUGAUGCAGCAUCUCAAGGACCAGAAGAAACUGCACAUCAAAUACGCCGUCAAGAUUUUGCUUGAGGUGCACAAGCUGCUGUCGUCGCUGCCGUCUCUCGUCGAUAUCACCAUCGAGGAGGAUGGAAAGAUGACGGUGUGCGGCGAUGUGCACGGACAGUUCUAUGAUGUCCUCAACAUCUUUGAGCUCAACGGCCUCCCAUCGCCCUCGAACCCGUAUCUGUUCAACGGCGACUUUGUUGACCGCGGGUCCUUCUCUGUGGAAGUCAUGCUCACCUUCUUUGGAUUCCGCAUCCUCUACCCGAACCACUUCUUCCUGUCGCGCGGAAACCACGAGUCGAUCAAUAUGAACCAGAUGUAUGGCUUCUUCGGCGAAGUCAAGGCAAAGUACACGGACGACCUGGCUGAUUUGUUCACGGAGGUGUUCAACUGGCUGCCCCUCGGCCACCUCAUCGACAACAAAAUCUUCUGCGUGCACGGUGGCCUGUUCUCUGAGGACGGUGUGAAGGUUGACCAACUGCGCACCAUCAAGCGCAACUGCCAGCCGCCGGACCACGGCCUCAUGUGCGAGAUGCUGUGGUCUGAUCCGCAGCCCAUGCCGGGCCGCGCCCCGUCCCUUCGUGGCGUCGGCACGCGGUUUGGCCCAGAUAUCACCGCCGCCUUCCUCGACGACAACGACCUCAAGCUCGUCAUCCGCAGCCACGAGAUGAAGGAGGAAGGCUACGAGAUUGCGCACGAUGGCAAGUGCAUCACCAUCUUCAGCGCUCCAAACUACUGCGACUCCAUGGGCAACAAGGGCGCGUUCAUCAAGCUGGACAAGCGGCACGAGCCCGAGAUUGUGCAGUUUGAGGCCGUGCCGCAUCCGGAUGUGAAGCCGAUGGCGUUUGCCGGCGGCCUGUCAUCUCUGCUUGGGUUCUAAAUGCGUGAGUGCGUGCGCGUUGGUGCUUCACACCUUGUCGCGUCCCAUCUUUGAUGGACAGAGCUCGUCUUCCUUCUCUUCUUCGCUUUCCCAGUGCACACUCGCUUUGUUUGACGUUGCCGUCGUAGCGUAAAGUAAACCCGUUGUCGUUGA